AUUAGGUGUCAGAGGCGGUGUCGGGGGGCAGUCGCAGCCCCAGAGAUGGCAGUGAGCGAGAGGAGGGGGCUCAGCGGCGGGAGUCCAACGCAGUGCGGAUGGGGAUGCUUGUCGCUGCUGGUGCUGAUGCUGGGAGGCUGCUCAGGCCGUAUCCACCGGCUGGCGCUUACAGGAGACAAGCGAGCUGACAUCCAAUUGAACAGCUUCGGAUUCUACACCAACGGUUCCCUCGAAGUGGAACUGAGUUUACUGCGACUUGGCCUCCAGGCGACGGAAGAAAAGCCAAAGGUGGGGUUCAGCUUGAGCCGAGUUCGCUCUGGCAGUGUUCGUUCCUACUCGAGCCGGAACUCCCACGAAUGCCCUCUGGAGAAAAACAGCAGCAACUUCCUGGUCCUGUUCCUCAUUAAUAUCAAGAACUUGCAGGUCCAAGUCCGAAAAUAUGGGGAGCAGGAAAAGCUGUUCAUCUCCCCUGGCCUCCUCCCUCAAGUUCCUUCCCAGUCAGGCCUUCCAAAGCCAGCUCCGACAGGCACCCCCAAGGAGAACAAUGGUAAUCCUCUCUCAUCUCCUACAGAGAGCUCUGCACCCAAGGAGGAUCAGGCAAAGCCUACAGUACCCCAGGUUUCAGAAGGCAGAACUACCCCAGCGGGACACGGGCACUCGACUGAGGGCCAGCCGCCAAGGCAGCUGCCUGCACGAGACCCCAGUGGCAAGGAGAAGGAACUGGUAUUGGGGCUCGGCCACCUCAACGACUCCUACAACUUCAGUUUCCACGUGGUGAUCGGCUCCAGAGCCGAGGAAGGUCAGUACAGCCUCAACUUCCACAACUGUCACAACUCCAUACCUGGCAAGGAGCAGCCGUUCGACCUGACUGUAAUGAUCCGAGAGAAGAAUCCAGAAGGCUUCUUGUCAGCAGCAGAAAUCCCCCUCUUCAAGCUCUACCUGAUCAUGUCUGCCUGCUUCCUGGCUGCGGGCAUUUUCUGGGUGUCUGUGCUCUGCAAGAACACAUACAGUGUCUUUAAGAUCCACUGGCUCAUGGCGGCUCUGGCGUUCACCAAGAGUGUCUCCCUCCUCUUCCACAGCAUCAACUACUACUUCAUCAACAGCCAGGGACACCCCAUCGAAGGCCUCGCCGUCAUGCACUAUAUCACCCACCUGUUGAAGGGUGCCCUUCUCUUCAUCACCAUCGCGUUGAUCGGCUCAGGCUGGGCCUUUGUGAAGUAUAUGCUGUCGGACAAGGAGAAGAAGAUCUUUGGGAUUGUGAUCCCCCUGCAGGUCCUGGCUAAUGUGGCAUACAUUGUCAUUGAGUCCCGUGAGGAGGGUGCCAGUGACUACGGACUCUGGAAGGAGAUCUUGUUCCUAGUGGAUCUCAUCUGCUGCGGGGCCAUCCUCUUCCCGGUGGUCUGGUCCAUCCGACAUCUGCAGGAUGCAUCUGGCACUGAUGGGAAGGUGGCUGUGAACCUGGCCAAGCUGAAGCUGUUUCGACAUUACUACAUUAUGGUCAUCUGCUAUAUAUAUUUCACACGCAUCAUCGCCAUCCUGCUUCGAGUGGCGGUGCCCUUCCAAUGGCAGUGGCUGUGCCAGCUCUUGGUGGAAAGUUCCACGCUGGCCUUCUUCGUGCUCACCGGCUACAAGUUCCAGCCGGCUGGGGACAACCCAUACCUGCAGCUGCCACAGGAGGAUGAGGAGGACGUACAGAUGGAACAAGUGAUGACAGACUCUGGGUUUCGGGAAGGCCUGUCCAAAGUCAACAAGACAGCCAGUGGCCGGGAGCUGUUGUGACUUCCCUGCACCCAGCCAGCCGCCCUCAGUCC